AUGCCUACAGCAAUCAUUCCCCAAAUAGAAGAUGUUAGAUGGAUAGGUACGAUUCCGACUGGAUCGUCGAUGUGUAGACGAUCAAGAAGUGGAAGGACAGCUAUCGAGAAGACAGAUGAAAUGGAGCCGAUGACAAGAGCAUGCCACGGACGAGAGACUGCGCAGAUAGCUGGAAUAACAUGGGGAAGCUUUUUCGUCUUCACAAAACUAAUAGUAAUCGCAGUUGCUCCUCCACCAAUCGAAGCCAUAAUUGUGGCAACAGCCGCCCGUGCUCCGAGUCUCCAUCGUCCUCCAGUAAUACCCCAAACAGAUCCAGCAUUGAUACCGAACCAUCCCCACCAUAAUAGAAAUGUACCCAAUAAUGCAUUCGUGGGACUACUCAUCUGA